CAAUGAUAACAAAACAAAAACAAUAAUAAAAUCGCAAUUAAAAAGAAACACUUAUAAUAACAUUGACUUCCUACAAAGAAAACUUUUGUUCGUUGGUUAUUAAAAUUCGGUAAACAAGUAGAGUAUGCUUUAAAAAAUGGAAUGUCAAAAACCUAGAACUCGUGCUUCUUCAAAAAUUAAACAGUUACCUAAAAAGAAAAUCAAAGAACCUGAACAUACUCAGGACAAUGUGCUAUCUAUUUCAGUUGAAAAUGUAGAAAAUGCUCUUCAUGAAGCAUUUAAAGAUAUCAGCGUUAGCAAUGAGCAUAUUGAUGUAAUAUAUAGUGAAUUAGAUAAUCAACAGGAAUGCCUAAAUAAUGUAAUAGAGUAUCAACAAAAUUUAGAAACCAAUGUUAAACUUAGUAGUAAUUUUGAAAUAACUGAAAAUUUGACUGUAAUACCAUCAUCAAUUCCUUGUUCAGUCGGUUCUCUACCAACACCAUGUGCACCAAUAUUAGAAGAUAUAUGGUCACAAACUGAUGUAACAUGUAAUUUUGAACCUUUAAAACCUUUUGAUGAACAGGAACUGGCUAGUUAUUAUCAAAAUACAUUGCUUACAAAUGCAUAUGAAUAUAUAGAAGAAUUUAACUCUAUAGAAUUAAAAAACCUUCAGACUUGUGAACAUCCAUUAUAUAUAAUGUUAGAAGAUUAUUUGCGAGCUAGAUUAAAGGUAGAGAGUUGUAAAAUUGAAAUUAAUGAGUCCAAAAUCUUACAUGUAACACAUGAGAAUCAUGUUUGGACAUUGGAACCUGCUAUGUAUACUCAAUACGGAGAGUGUAAGGAUGGCAAUCCAGUAUCUUCAACAAAAGAAUAUCAAAUAUCAAGGUUUAAUGAAAAAGCUUUUGAUAAUCUACAAAAAUCAUUGCUAAAGUUACAAAGUUUAAUUUGUAGUUAUUAUGAAUAUCUUUAUGAAUGUCAAAUGAUCAAAGAGAAAAUAAAUUAUUAUUUGCAUCAAUUAUGUGAACCAUUUUCCACAAUUUCUAUUAAUACCCCAGUAGGUCUUUUUUUAAAUUCUGAUGUUCGUGCUCCAGAUGGUAAAAGUCUUCAUCAUUGUAUACACGAUCUCAAAGUUGCUAUAUCAAUUUUGUUUGCAUAUCAAAGAAAGUCCAUUUGUGACAAAAUAUUCAUUCGGGAUACUAGAGAGCUAUUGCAAAAAACUGUUAGUCUACUGCUUCGAGUAGCUUCUUGGAAAGAUCAUAUUUUUAUUUUAAAUCAUAUUUUGAGGUGUCCAUCUGGUGUUGGAAAAUGGGCGAGUUCUUUCGUUCAAAUACCUUCAACUGAAAUAAAUUGUUUGGAUAGCAAUUUUCAUUUGAACUGUAUUAUAACUGCCUUGGGCGUCAUAUUAAUGCCAAUCAAACUAAGAGAACAAUUUUUAGAAUAUAUUUAUAAGACUGAAGAUGAUAAAGAAGGUAUUUGGGUGGUAGUAGAUAGUGAAGGAGAAGACGAAUGCUCAGAAAAUGGUCAGCAUUUACUUCGAGAAAGUGAUAUUAUUGCACUACUCAAUCAAAUUCCAUUCUCAAUUCUUUUUAAAAAAAUGUUAUCUGAAAAUAAUGGUAAUGAUGAACUAAAAAUAAAUCUUUGGAAUGAUUCAAAUCUAUUACGAAUUAUUGCAAUUGCAAAUACAUUAGUCAAUAUAUUGAAAACUGGAUUAGAAGUAUACAGUACUAAUUCUGCUGAUUAUCGACAGUUUUCUAAAAGACUGGGACAAAUUCUUCAAGAUGUUGUGAAUUAUGUGACUGAUAUUUUAGAAGAGUAUAAAUGUCAUAGGUAUGUGUCGCCUAGAGUACAAACAGAGUAUGAUGCUUUGAUUGAACGUACCGUUUUGUGUUUAUAUGAUAAUAUUGAUAGAACCACAUGGCAAUACUUGGUCAUGUUACCUUUUAAAUAUAUAUCUUCCCAAACAUCAAUUAGUCUUUAUCAGUAUAUACUGAACUUAAAAUCAGGAAUUAAUGACUGUUCAAUAGAAGAAUUGACAGAUUCAAUAGUUAAAACAUCAGAUGAUGAAUGUUACUAUAUUCUGACAACAAUUAAUAACAUGGCUUUAAGCAGAGAUAUGAAAGAUGUUGAAUUUAUAACUGCAGUUACUUCUAGUUUAGUUAAGAUUGGAUUUGUUAGUAUUACUACUAAAGAAAAAUGUAAGAAAACAUGUGGUGCUUUACUGUCAAGUUUAUCAGAUAAAUAUCCAUUUCUUAUCUCAGAUAUAUUAAAUGUUCUUAAAAUUCAUUUUGAUGAAAUAAGUUCUAAUUCGAUGUAUAUCUUUCAAAAGCUCCCUUUGUCCAGAUGGAAGUUAACUGAGGAUGACUUGUUGUACAUUGAAAAUUUAAUAUUGAAUUAUGCUAUCACAUCUAUUCAAAACACUCUAAGUCGUUAUAUACUAACAAAAUUGUUUUCAGAAUGUGAUGAAACUGAUAUAAAUGAUCUAAUGAUGACUAAAGAGAUGCAUGGCCGUAUAGCAAUUAUAGUUGUUAAAGCAGUUUUAAAACAUUCACCCAUUACUACUGAUGAAACUUCAGCCUAUUAUUUAGUUCAUAGCAUAAAACAAUUUGUUCAAAUUAAAUCAAAUGAACAAGCUUUUCGAAUGUGGGUGUGGAAACUUUUGUAUUCAUUAAAAUUACACUUAAUGGAUUUACCAAGUUUAAUUGUAUGUGGAGCAUUACAAAAUAUUAGUCAUUAUUUACUAUCUGUUAUUGACAUUGAAAUUGUUAAUGAAGACACUAAGUGUUUACAUGUAGAGGAUCCUAUUGCAUUUUAUUGUGCUGUUCAUUUAACUACAGCGGGUCAUUGUGUACCUGUAAUAUUUCAUAAAGGCCUUGAUUAUUGUUAUAAAUUGCUUCAGUAUAAACAUUAUACGGCCACUAUAGCUUGUCUGAAUGUAAUUGUUCCUUUCUUUUUUGAACACAGCGAAUGUUUGUUAGAAUCAAAAAAAUUUAUUUCAAUUGUGUCAGGUAUAAUGGCUGAUAAUCGAAGUAGUGCAAAUCGAGCUAUUAAUAUAUUAAGUGUUCAAGGACCUUCUGAAAUCAUUGUACAAUUUAAUAACAUGAUUCAGUAUCAGAUUUCAAAUUUUAAACACUACAAUCUUUUAAAUCAGCAACCUGUAGUAGAACUAUGGACUAAAAUAAUUUGUUCUUUAUGGAAAGAAGCGGAAAAUGAUACAUUUGUUUAUGUAUUAGACACAAUAUUUAAAAAUAUUAUAAAUACUCAAUAUUUACCAUGGGCUCGUGAAUUAUUAGCUAAUCUCAUAACACAAUUUAGUGAUAUUAAAGAAAAUAUGUCGGCUAUUGGUUCAAUUUUAAAUUUUGUGUUUCAAAGCCCUGACAAACGAUCAUUAUUACUCCCUAAGUACCCAGUUGUAUUAUCUAACUGUCCUUACUAUGUACUCUUAGCAUUAGAAGCAGAAGAGUGGUAUAUACAAGGUAGAAAUGAAAUUUGGAAACAAUUAUUGAUUAAGCUUCGAACGCAACAAGGAAAAGCAAAUAUUGAUGUUGCUCUUAAAAAAGUGUGCUCUGAUUUAAAAAUAUCAUAUUUUACAUCUGGACAUUUAUCAAUUUAUCGAUGGAUGCAAUAUGGUUUAGAAAUGCCUUGCCAGCAGCCAGUAGCCUUUCUUUAUUGGCAAAACUUUUUUAGAUUAUAUUUACAAAGAGUUCCUGGGACUCAGCAUAAUGGUAGUGUUGGUCGAAAGUUUUUUGAAGGUAUUGUUAAUUCUUCUUACUUAACUAAGAUAAAUAUCAAGUUAAAAGAAUGUGCUGAUUUUCAUCGUACAAAAUUAAAAAAUAAUCCCAACUCAGAAGUUGAUUUACGAUUGGCUAGAUUUUAUGAAGCAUGUACUCUAUGGCUUUUUGAUGUGCGUUUACUCGAACCUACUUUGUUUGUACCUUCUUUGGAUCAAAUGUAUGAACCAAAUGAUUUGACACAUAUUAUUAAUGGAUCAAAUGAAUGGUUAAUAUAUCUUGUAAAUCAAACAUUGGUUGAAGAGUCAAAAAUUGAAUGUUCAAAAGCAUGGAUUGAAUUGUUAGGAAAAGAUAUUCAAAUUAAGAAAAAUAAAAUUCAAAAAAAACAUUCAUUAGUGAAAGAACCUAUAAUAAGAGUUAUUAAUAGAUUAAAAUCGUAUGAUUCUCCUUCACCUAGUCCAGAACUCGUUAUAAGAUUAUCUGAAGUGCGAAUAUUAUCUAAUGAUAUUUUAUAUCAACAGCAAGAUAUAUUGAAUAUUAUUCAAUUUAAUUUAAAGCAAAUUUUAGACUUCAUUAGUAAUAUAUAUAGAGUGUAUACAUUACGCCAUAAAAAUCUUGAUGAAUGGUACUUGGAUGGUUUGAAGGUGUUGUAUAAUCAGAUAGAAUCAACUACGCGAGUGCAAGCUAUUUGUGAUUAUAAAACUAAAAGAAGUAAUCAAAGUGUUAUAAAAUGUUCUGGUGCUGCUGAAAUUUUAUUUCAAAUUCAUGAAGCAAAAUUAAAUUUAGAUGUACAAGAAGUAAAUUUAAAUAAUAGAAAAGAGUUAGAUACAUUAAUAAAUACCACCUUAGAACUUCUAUUACCUCCAUCUUUAACAAUUGCUUGUACCACUCUUAACCUUAUUACACAGCAAAUAAUCAGUGAAUUAGCUGCUUUGUCAAAAGUUGGAGAUAUUGCUUUAAUGAGUAAACUUAAAUCAUCAGGAGUUCAAAUUUUUUAUAAAAUCAUAAAAGACUAUGAAAUUUUGAAAACAUGUCCCGCAAUUGAAACUUUUAUUUUAGUUAUCUUACAGUCUAUUGGGAAAGUAUUUAUUUCAAACAACGAAAAAGAAUGUCUUCAUAUUAUGAAUACUGCUUUAACAUAUCAAAAUUUAUCAGAUGUAUUAGUACCACUUUUUUCACCAUCAUCAACAUCGAGUAAAACAUUUUUAGAGGCAUAUAAAAAUAUUAUACAACAUUGUAAUGCUCAAUAUGAACCUAUUGCAUUGAAAUUACUUUCUCAAUUUGAUGUAGCGACUUAUUUAUCUAUCAGACAACCUCUUCUCCAAGAACGUUCAGUUUUAAUUAAUCAUUGUAUGGAUGCUUUAAUAAUGAUCAAGCAACAAACAAAAACAGAUUAUACAACGAGUGUUCAUGAGUUAUUCACUCAACAUUUAUGUAAAAUGAUGGAUCAUGAUUUUCCUGAGCAUUAUGGAGAAAUAUUACUUAAGCUCUUGGAACAUUGUAAAGAAGGUAAAAUUUACAGUCAUGUAUGGUUUUAUAUUCUUAAUACUAUAUUAGCUCAAGCUGUACCUUUAACACCAACUGAAUCAAAAAGAACCAUUUUAUUACCAGACAUGUCUAUAGAACAAUUGAGAGAUAUUGUUAGACGUUAUGCUACUGAUCAACGAUCAUUAAAUUCACAACAACUUCAAGAAACAUUACAUUUAUUGACAACACAUUUUGCAAAUGAAAGACUUAAAUCUGCUACUGGUGAACUUUACUCUAAAUAUAAUUCAUAUGUUGAACCCUUGAUUUACUUGUAUGCAAUGGUCGGUCAUGCUCUGAUUGUUGGUACUUUACAAACUUAUCGUGGAAUGUUAGCAAAUCAAAUAUGUGAAUUUCUAUGUCCAACAUUAAUAAGCAUGUUUGGUCCUUGGCUUGAACCAUGGUAUGAAGGAUGGAAUACUGAAAAUAAAACUUUAAAGUUUCCUUGGUUGGCUACUAAUACAGCAGUAGCUACAUUAAUGACCAAUACAUUAGUAGAAUGUAUUUUAUUUGUAUUAGAUACUAUGCCUGCUUGUGAUAAUGUAUUAAGUUAUAUCUGCCAAUGGUAUAUUAAGCUUUAUGCCCAUAUGCAAAUUACAGAUAACAUUUUUGAGGUUAUUCAUUCAAGUCUUGCUAAACUACCUUGGAAACGUUUUAUGCCAAUAGAUGUUGAUAUUGAAUUAAUUAUGAAGGUUAUGGAUCAAUUUUUACCUCAAUCUCACUGCUUUUUAGCAGAUAUUAUCAUAGAAGUUCCCUGGCCAUAUGUUCAAAAAAUUGACAUACGAACAUUGUUUUCUCUUUUUAUAAAAGUUUCAAACCUACCUAAUAUGAGAAAAGAUAGUAAAAUUAGACCAAUUUUAUUGGAAGUUCAAAAGUUUCCUUGGCAUCAAAUUGAUGGUGAAUAUUAUGAAAAUAUUCUUAGCUGGUUUGUUUCAAAGUAUGAUCCUUUAACAGUGCUCCAAUUAACUAACGAAGACUGGUGUGGCACAGAUUCUGCAGUACUUGAUCUCUUAAAGUUAGGCGCUGGUUAUAAUGAGGUUGAUCAAAAUAUACCCUAUGCAGAACAUAUGUCUUAUAAACGACGCGUUUUUAUCCGUGCAAUGGUAAAAAUGUUUGUAUCAUUAACUUUGCGGUACAGAUCAAUUUUAGGUAGCCAUUACAGACAUCUAAAAUGUUCAUUCAGUCGUCUUAUGGAUGAAAUUGAAAUGGUAACUAAGCACGGCGAAGAAGCUAAACUACUUAUUAUUGAGUUGCUUGCACUGAUUAAUCAGUCUUCUGGUUCUGUACUGUCAUCACUGAUGCUUCAGACUAUCCAAGAAUGGAUUGUUAAAAGAAAAGCUAAUAGCACAGUUAUGGAAGGUUUACUGAUGGCGACAUGGUCUCAUGUUACUGAGCUUCAAUAUAAAAGUGAUAUACUGGAGGCUUGCUUAACUGCAUGGUUUAAAAAUUCAGGGAAUGAAGAAGAGUUUAAAUGGGAUAAAGUUUUGACUCUAUUGCCAUCAGUUCAUUUACACUAUCAAGGUUUAGCUGAAAUAUUAAUGUCUUCUAGUCAUUUACUUACAUUAUAUGCUCUGGCUUUAAAAGAAUCACAAAAUCAAUCAUCAUAUUCAGAUAUUCUCAUUACUUUAGUUCAGUGCUUAGAAUCAGUAAAACCAAAUAAUAUAUCUGAAAAUAAACUUCCUUUGAUAUGGUCUCUUACUUUACGAUUGAGUUCAUUUGAGGAUGACCACACAUCAAAUUAUUUACUCAGAAUAUCUGCAGCUGCAAAUCAAUUAGCUCAAUUUAAACAAAGUUGGAGCUUAUUUGAUGCAAUAAGAUUACAAAAACAGACAAACAUUACAACUAAAUGUCGAGUGCUAUGUCGUGCGUUAGCAGCAUUUAUUCAUGCUCAGUUACCAGAAAAUAAAUCUAGCCGCAAACAGUUUAUUAGGCAAGAUGCUAAUGCUCCUGGUGGUUUUUCUAGUAAUAACAAUGACUUUGUGACCUCAAUGGAAUGUUUAAAAGCAACUUGUGCGUUAGAGGCUCUCAAACAAGACAGACAAUAUUCAGAUUGUAAUAUUGCAAUCGAUAUAGCCAUCAAAGAUAUUAAAGGAUCACACAGCUGUAUGAAAUAUGGUGAACAGUUUGUAAUUAAAUUAGCAAAAUGUUUGUACACAGAUAAUUUUAUACAUGGUAUAAUACCUUUAUAACAUAUAUAUUUAUAAUGUGUAUUUGUCAUUUUUGUCUGUGAUAUAUUUAUUAUGAUAUGUUUAAGGUUUUAUUUUAUUGAAAUUUAUUUUAUUUUAAUUAUUGUUAUGGUUUUAAAAUAUUUUUACAAAAUUAAUAUAUAUUUUAA